UAAUAAUGAUAAUAAUAGCAAUAAUAAUAAUAAAUAAUAAUAAUAGUGAUGAAGAAAACUCAAAGUUAGGGUUAUAAAUAAUAAGUUGUAGAUAGGUAUAAGAUUUAUAAACAAUAUUUUUGGUUAAAGAGAGCAGUUGCAAGUUGUUGAUAGGUAUGAUUCAAGAGAUUGAGAUAUGUAUGCUUUUAUGUUGUAUGAAUUCAUAGCUGUAAUGAACAGUUAAAUAUUUAGGUACAGCUAAUUUAAAAUUGCAAGCAGAUCGUAGAAUAUUAUUACAAUUUUCCUUAUAACUAAAAAAGUUAAUAAAUGUAAAAGGUAGGUUGUUAUGAUUUUGGUUCCAAGCAAAUAGGCAAUUUGAUAGCUGAAUAAAGUCACAAUUUAAAAACUUAAGAUAAAAAAUAGAGUACGCUGCAGCUUGAAUUAGUAUGCUGGAAAAAAAAUUAAUUUUAAACCUUUAUUUUAAAAAUAAGUUAGUCUUAAAAAAGCAAGCUGCUUAGUUCUUAGUUUGUCCCCAAACUUGACAUGCAUAUCUGAGAUAAGAGUGGAAAAUAGAAUGAUACUUAUUAAGCAAAGUUUUAUGAUUAAUAUAAUGAUGGAUUUUAGAUAACAUACCUUUCAAUCUACUUAAUUACAAUGCUAAGUCUUAAAGAUGUAAUGCAAAAAAUAAGUUAGUCUUUUUUUGAUUCCAAGAUAUUUAAUAAAGUUAACUGGAUUUAUUUUCUGUCCAAUUAAUCUGAAUUUUAUUUACUUAUAUAUUUUUGUUUGAACAGAUUUAAAUAUAAUAAUUUCUGUUUUUUUAGAGUUAAGGGAUAGUUUAUUGAAACGGAGCCUUUGAGCAAUAUUAGCUAGAUCGUGAUUUACAUUUUUGUUAAGUUUUUUAAGAGAUUUUUAAUUAUAAGCAAGUUAGGGUCAUUCGCAAAGGGAUAAGCAGGAAAAUUAAAGUGAAACAUUAAGUCAUUGAUAAAAAUAGAACAAAAUAAUGAUCCUUAAACCAAGCUAUUUGGAACACCAUUAAAAGAUUUAGCUAGUUCUAAAUUGAUUUAAACAAACUGUGUUCUAUUACUAAGAGAAACAAAAAAACCUCUAAUACCGUAGUGUUGCAAUUUUUUUUCAACUGUAUCAAAUGCUUUUUUCAAUAAACACUCCACAUGUAAAGUGUUUGUUAUUGAUGGCUUGUCAAAUUUUCUCUGUUAUUUUUACUAAUGAAUGAAUUGUUGAGUGUUAUUUCUAUUAACGAAUGAGUUGUUGAGUGCAAAAACCAUUCUGUUGUUUGUAAAGACAUUUAUAUUUUCUCAAAAAGAUUGGAAUCUUUGAAACAUUGCUUUUAAAAACAGUUUACUUUAGUUAGAAAGAAGGAAAUAGGCCGAUUAUUGAAGUAGUCUAGAAGAGAAACCAUUUAACGUAUAGGAAUUACUUUAGCUACCAAGUUUCUGGAAAGUUUUUGAAUGAAUUAUUCAUCAUAGUACAUUAAGCUUUGGAGAUUAUGUGAGAUGCCAGCUUUAGAAGAAAUAGGCUAUUGGCAAGACUUAAUAUUUUCAAGUACAUCUUUUAUAAGAUUACAUUUUCAGUCACAGAUUCAAUAAAAAAAGAAUUAGUACUAGGUAUUUUAAGAAAGUUGCCAAAAACACAUUUAGAGGGAACAAUUUUUUUAAGUAGUUAGUCUUGAAUAGUUUCAAAAUAGUUAUUUAACAUAUUAGCAACGCUGGUAUGAUUUGAGAUGAAAUUUUUAUUGAUUUUGAGACUAGAUUAGAAAUAGAUUUAAGGAUACCAGAAAUUAUCCAGGGUUUAGAUUGAAGUUUGAUUUAAACAUUUUCAAAUGUUUUAAGGAAAAAAAUUUAUAGAUUCAUUUAUGUUAUCAUCCUCUAUUAUGAGAAGUUUCCAGUUAAUAUCAGAAAUUUCCUUGGUAAAACAAAUGUUCUCCAUCCAACAAGUUGACACACAAAACCACUUUGAUGAUGAUCUGCAAAUAAAUCAAGUAAGAAGAGCUAUUUAACAAACAUCAUCAAAUCAAACGGUAAAAUCUAAUGGUUAAACUGACACUGAUUGUGGACUUUAAUUAGGAAUUUUAUUUAUUAUAUUAUGUUAUGCAAAUAACUUUAUUUUCCUAAUUUUUACAAAAAACAAAACAAAAUAACUUACUAUUUUUACAACGUUUGUGCAAGUAGGUUCUCACUUUUUAACAAUAAUUAAAUAAUAGAGCAAGUUCAGCACAGAAAAUAGGAGUAAAAAAAAUAUAAAUAGAGUUAAUGUAAUGCACAUUAAGUGCUGGAAGCCGAUUUUCCUUGUUUUAUUGUUAUUUUAGGAAUCUAUUUUAGGAAUGACCUAACUCUAGAUGGUAGGCAGCUUUUUAUACUAAUACUAGAUGGUAGUCAGCUUUUUAUUCUAACACUAGAUGGUAGGCAGCUUUUUAUACUAACACUAGAUGGUAGGCAGCUUUUUAUACUAAAUAGUUAUUAGAAUAUUAUGUUGGGGCUUAUUCUUAUUUAUUUUAUUUAUUAUUAUGUUAUCUUAUUCUUAGCAAUCAAUCAACGUUUUCUGUUUUUAAAUUUUAAAUAAUUUGUAUAUCUUUUAGAUGACUUUGCUUUUGAUGAUGAAAAUGGAGUUAUUGAUUUUAAUGGUUGCCUUUCAAAUCCUGGAAACAAGAUAAGAAUGUAAUAGUGGUCAAAGAAACGGGAAUGCAUGGCAAUUUCAAAAAAAUGUUCAAUCAAAGUUUUGACGAUCAUUUUAUAGGAAAUGGGACAGUAGAAAUCUCUUUAUCUGGGCUUUUUUCAAAUGACACUAGUAACUUAAAUUUGGAGAUCAAAUUCCGUCCCUGGUGUUCAAAAUGUGAAAAAAGUUUUUUACUAACUGAAAAUACUUCAGUCAAUAUACAAAGUCCAAACUUUCCAAUGACAUUUUAUCCUGGAUGUGCAUGUGUUUGGUAUGUUUAUGGAAAAAGCACAAAACCAAUCUUAAAAUUAACCCAAAAAAAAAAAAAGAUCCAUCUAACAAACCACAUAACAACAUUGUUUAGAAGCUUUCAACUAAAAGGAAGACUACCAAAUAGAGAAUGUCAAGAUUUUUUAGAAAUUUAUAAAGGAGUUCAUGCAAUAAAAGAAAAUAGUUAUGGUCGUUUUUGUGGUACUGAACUUGUUUAUAUUGAAUUUGACCAUUGGAUAACUUUAACAUUUCAUUCCCAUAAUAACUUUAAUUAUUCAGCAACACAAAAAUAUGGGUUUGAUAUCGUCAUUUACAAUAACUCAGAGGAUUCAGGAGGUCUUCAAACAAUUGCUGCUAUUCUUGGUGCUAUUAGUCUUGGUAUUUUUAUUGGUUUAUUAAUUUGCUCUAUCUUUUAUAAACGUUGGUACAAACAACCUGGAGACGUGUUAGAAAUUGCUAACCUUGUUUACAAUGAAGCUACUCAAAUUACAUUACCAGAUGCAAUUCAAGCUGCAGCCCCUCCAUCUUAUACUAAAGUAAUUGAAUCUCCGAAGAUGUUUCCUGCAGUUAAACGAGAAAAUAGUUUUACUAUCCACCAUCUUGAAAUACCUACAAGUAAUCCUCCUCAUUACUCAAUGGAUGACAUAAAUGACAUCGACCAUAUUCCUCUACCUAGUUAUGCAAGUGUGUCUGAAAGUGAAGAGGAGUGGUUUUCAACGCGCAGCUUGAAUGAAUCAAAAAGAUAUUCUUCGGAUAAUUUUAAUCAAGAUCCGCCAUCUUAUGAGAAAGUCAAGUCAGAAAGUUCUAUUUUACCACCUAUUUCAACAAACGCUAAAGUGAAAAUUCAUAGAAAAUCUCGUUCAGUGCGCAAUUCUGUAUCAAGCAUGGCGCUGGCUCGAGAUGCUAUCAAAAAAGCGGAUUCGGAAAAUAAAAAGCAAACAGGUGGUCACUAUCGAUCUAAAACAACAUUUAAAAAAGCAGCUGACAGUAGAUCUUUUAUACUUUCAACUAACACUAUAAGACACGGAGAUGAAAGUACAAUUAUAUCUUUAAAAACUGAUGCAUGUACUAAUGUAAAUCCUUCGGUUGAAGAUGAAACAAACAAUAUUGAAUUGUUCGAAUAAAUUUUUUCAAAGUAAUAUUAGAUAGUGGACAGAUACAAGUUUUUAUUUAA